CUUAUGUUUUAAUUAAUUUGAUCAUUUGACGUGGAAUUGUGUAAAGUUAUGUUUGUUGUCAUCUAGAAGGUUAUGAUAACCAUACCAUAACUGAAUAAUUUUAACAAAAUGGAAAAUAAUCCAGUUGUAACGUGUAAUCUGUUUAACGAAGAUAAACAAGACGAACUUACCAAGUUUGUGCAUUUAUGCAUCGAUGAAUCGUGCACUCUAAAGGGACCAGAAUUUCGUCAGUUUACCAGUGUUGAUUGGACCAAAGAACAAUUUAAUACUCUUUACAGACUUUUAUUAAAGCUAUUUCACAACCCAAGCUGUUUGUACAUUGAAGAUGAAAAAAUGCCUCCCGAGUACACUCAACUUCCAAAAAAUGUACAGAACGUAAUUUUAGCUUGUUUGAGAGUUCGAAAAAGUCAGUUGACGGAUGCAUUGUUAAAUGAUUAUUUGAGUAGACAAGGGCCAACAUUGUCUGAUUUUGAUUGGAGAUUAAAGUACGUGAUGGGAUCAAGUAAGAUGGCAUCGAUUAGAGAACCACUUUUACAGCUAGAUUUGAUUUUGAAAGACAAGCAAAAGGAGCAAGUUCUUGGAUUAGAACUCAAUUUGGAGGAGUUGGACUUGAUGAUAGACGCUAUUGAAAGUAGAGUUACUUAGUUUUUUACUUGUCAAUGCCUAAUCAAAUUUUUUUUUAAUUUUUGUUUAGUCUAUUUUUUACUUUGAAACGAUUGUUCUCAUCUGUCUGCGAUAGACACGUGUGGUCAAUUGUAAGACUAAGAACUUUUUCGUACGUACAAGCGUAUUUGCACUUACUGCAACUCAAUAGCUAUUCUGACAAUUUUAUUCCAGUGAGAAAAAAAUUGUAAACCAACUGAAAAUUCACUUAACUGUAGGUCAUGAAAUAAUGAACAAAAAAACAUCAACUGUACAUUGAUAGUAAUUCAAGAAAACCAAUAAUUAUGAUAAUAAGAAUAACAAUAAUGAUAAUAAAAACUACUUAUGAUGAUUACA